AUGGCAGACCUCGUCUGGCACCAGGUCACACCGGGUGUUUGGGAACGCGACGCUGAUGAAAUCGAACAAUCCUAUGCCGUCUCUGCUAAGUGGUAUGAAGGGAGUGGUCGCAUGUAUUUUGCUAUCACGGGCCAUCUCUCAGUGACAAUCUCUUUAUCCAAAGAGUUUAUCAGCAGGGACAAAGAUGUGCAAGAACAAUUCGAAGCCGCGCUACGGGCUGCCUGGCUACAGACACGAUACGACUACCCAACUAUCGCGUCUGUUGUCACACUUGACAAGCAGAGUGGAAGAUGGAAGAAGACAUACCAUACCCUUCAGACGUCAGAGGCUCGAGACGACUGGCUACAGGAGACUUUCAAGACAGUUUCCUCGGACCGAACUGGUGUAGAGUGGGCGAACUCUGAUCCUCCCGCGCCCAAAAUGCCUACACUGUUCGUCAUCAAACCACCCGAGCAGGUCGAUCAAGUCCGUCGAGACCUUGUCCUUCGGUCUCCGCACGACAUCAUUGACGGCAUCGGCACGCUCCUGCUCCUAAACAAUCUCAUAUCGCACGCUUCAAAAGCAUAUGCUGCUGGCGCUCCACUACCGAAGUUCCCUCUCGACGGCUCCGAGGCGGGCAAUCUGAGCCCUGCAUAUCGAAUUGCCGCUGCAGUACCCGAUGUGCCAACCCCUGCCCAGCAAAAGAGAUUAGACGGGCUCGUACCCAGAAAUGCUCCUCCAAAGCAAGACCCUGGCGUGGAUCUACUCGGCAUCCCGUAUAGGAAGGGUAUCCUCAUCCCCGGACGUCACCAGCGUGUUGCACUUACUCUCUCUACGGGGGAGACGUUGAGGCUCACUGCUGCAUGCAAAGCAGCGGGUGCCACGGUCACCCACGCCUUCCACGCAGCCAUCGCUCUGACUCUGCGUGAUCUUCAGGAGAGACGGCCAGAGGAGCGUCGGGUCAGGUACGUGGGCUAUAUCCUGCGCAACGAGCGCGGCAGAUGCGUGCCGCCCUACAACUCGCCCAAGCACGCGGCGGCACUCUACCACUCGGUACCUCAGAAGAGUCUCAUAGUCGAUAUGACGGUGCCGAUGCAAGGGGAGGAACUCUCUAGCGAGAAGUCUCAGGAGAACUCCCGAGAAGAGUUUCGGCGGAUCUUGGAUAUCACGAAGGAAUUCUACCAUAGUGUUCGGGACGAUGUUGAUCACUAUGCGAUAGCACCUUAUAUCUGGGCGGCAGGUAUUCCCAAUCUACCACCCAUUGCGGAGGGUAGGACGCUCCCGGUCCCUCCUCCGGCUGUCCUUGCUCCCGUCACGAUCUCUAGUAUGGGAGUUGUUGAUAAGAUCAUAACCCCAAAUACUGGACCCUUUGAGUUGCACGACCCCUGGGUUACCGGCGAGGAACUACGUAGUGGUCUUGGGCUAUUUUUGGGGGCUUUCCGGGGCCAGCUAUGCCUCAGCGGUGCUUACAACGAUGCCUGGCAUGGGAAGGAGAAGGUAUUGGGUUACUUGAACCAGUGCAAGGAAGCUGUGUUUCGCGGCUUUGGUAUCUAA